ACUGAUAAAUUUUUGGUUUUGCUAUCAGGGUUUUUUUUUUGUUUUCAUUUCUCUGAUGUAUUUAAUAAUAAAUUUGUGUUUUAUAUGGAAUGCCAUUUGCAUUUUUUAUACCACCGUUUAUUUACGAUCUCGUCACGGGAAUGGAAUAAGGUGUAUCCUAUGGCCUGACCCGGUCGUAAGCUUCUUCCAAACCAAAUAGUGUAUACAUACAUAUGUAGAUAUGGCAAAUGGUAAUGUUUAAACUCAACAAAAUAAAAUCUCUAAUUCAAAAUCCACCACAGUGAACUCAAAGUUGUACCUGUCACUCAAAAAGGACAAACUUUUCUUUUAAGAUUAUGAGUUUUGCAAUCAAGCACAUUAUUAGUCAUGAAAAAAUAAAAUAUUUCAAUGGAUCGAAUUGAAAAAUGGAUAGUGAAAUGAUAUUAGACUUUAGCGAUUAUAGCACGGCAUAUGAGCGCAUUUUGAAUAAAUGGACUGAACACUCUAACGCAAACCCAAACGAUUUCGCAGACUUGUAUGGCCCAUUUUCUAAACAGCUGUGCGAGCGCUACCGUACCACUAUGAGUUCGGUCAUGUCUUUUUGGGAUCUCAAUGAUGGUUGUUUAUAUAAAAUUCUCAAAUAUGCCUGCAAACAUGUAAUACUAGACUCGUUUGAAUUAAUGGAAGAAAAUCAUUGGAGCAUGACUUGCCCACAAUUCAAGGAGUUUUAUGAUCAAAUGUGGUUAAAAGAUAAGUUGCAGAAGAUUGCCACGAUGAAAAUCAUUUUAUUAAAUGAUCAUAAAAAGAUACUACAUCAAAUAAUACAGCGUAAUAUUAAUAUUGUUGAAGUACGUGGUGAACGUUUGACCAACUCAGACCUUAGUGCAAUUGAUUUGUUUCCGGCUAUAAAACGAUUGGCAUUACGAAACUGUCGGCUCACAGGAAAAUAUAUAAAUGAGCUCACCGACUUGGAGGAACUGGACUUGGAAGACAUCGAGGGUUUGCUACCGAAAAAUCUGAGUCUAAUCUUUAAAAACAAUGAACUACGCGUUUUGAAAUUAUUGGGUGUUCCGGGAGCGUUUACCGAACACUUAGCCUAUGAAAUCAGUCAAAAUUUGCUUAAACAGGAAGGAGAAGAUGUACAACAGCUAGAGGAAUUAGCUUUAAGUUCGGAUGAGAUAGAAGGUUGCCAAGCGCUCGGUUGUUUGCGAUAUUUAAGGAACUUAAAAAUAUAUAUAAAAGACGACUGGUCUACAAAAUUUGAAUUUCAAAAGUGCGUACAUUUUUUCAACGCAUUAAGUAAUAACAUUAACUUGAAGGAAUUGCACAUCCUCUAUGGGAUUCUGACUCAAGAUGAUUUUGAAAUUUUAGCGAUGUUGAGAAAUUUAAAAAAAUUAUAUAUUUUUUCAACAGAUAAAAUUCACUUGAUAGACUUUUGUCGAUUUUUCCAUUUAACGGAGUUACAUAUUUCCUUCACAGCUGUAGAUAUGGAAGAAUUUAUGGAGAUUCUCCGCGGUUACCCGCAAUUAACCGCAUUUACAUUAUAUACGAUCUUUGAUUUAACAGAUGACAAAUUUUCUGAAGCCAUCGAGAUAAUAAAGAAACAAAAUCGAGAUAAAUUACCAGUGACAGUGAUAGUAUAUGACUAUGAGGGAUUAAGUGAGUUCGUGAGAAAACAUACAGAUUUUUUAGCUUUUGAAGAUGAUCGUUUGGCCUUCUCAAUAGUCAGUAGUCUAGAAUAUGUUUUGUGAUUAAAUCAAACCUACGAAAGGCUAUAGAUGACAACAAACGAAUUAACCGAUUAAUAAUUCACUUAAUCGCAACAUAUUAUUCAAUACAAUUAAUUAAUAUUAUUCAAUAAUUAACAUAAGAAGAUGAAUACAAAAGAGACAUUUACAAAGCUGUCAACAAUAGCCAAUUUUUUCCAAAUCUCAGGACACAUAGGAAUGCGCGCAUGAAGGUAAUUUGGAAAUGCUAAAGAGGCAAUCGGCAAGACUCAGUACUAUUUUGAAGCAAAAGACACAUCGUACUGUAUAACGAAAAACAGGAAGAUCGAUAUAACUAAUCGGUUUGUCGGUGUCGUUGUCAAUUGUAUUGAAUAAUAAUAUCGCAUGUUAAUGGAUUUUUAGAUUAUGGUAAUCAUUUAGAUUAUGUAUACGAAUAUUUCAUCAAGCAUUGUAGUUGCACGUGCAAAGGCAGAAAUAUAUGUAAAACGACUGAAUUAAUGCGAGAAUGAAUAAAAAGAAAUGCUUUGAAGAAAAAUAUACAAAGUCACACAGAGAAUGUAAAACAUUCUCUGAGCCACAUAUGCGUGAUCUUGUACCAUAAGAACCAUUUUUUCAGAAAAA